AUGGCUUCCAACAAUUUCCCAAUUCCUUCACCCCUAAUUUUUUCUGGUGAGAAUUAUUCAAUUUGGGAUCUCAAGAUGAGAACAUACUUGCGAGCAUAUGAUCUUUGGGAUGUGGUAGAGGUUGGAGGAGAGGUAAAUCCUUUGCCAAAUAAUCCAACUAUGGCGCAAAUUAAGAAUCACAGAGAAGAGGUUUCAAAAAACUGUAAAGCUCUCUCUUGCAUACAAUCAGCACUUUCGGAAGUAAUUUUCGCUAGAGUUAUGGCCAGUGAGAAUGCAAAGGAGGCUUGGGACAAGUUGAAAGAAGAAUUUCAUGGAAGUGACAAGAUCCGGCAAAUAAAAGUGAUAAAUCUGAGAAGAGAGUUUGAAAUUCUCAGAAUGAAGGAUUCAGAAACUAUUGAAGAAUUCUCUGGUUGUAAACCAAAUCAGACUUAUGGGAGAAGAGCUUACAGAUUCAAGAAUCAUGGGCUUGUGAGUUUGCCGGAAAGAUUUGAAGCAAAGAUCUCCUCACUCGAAGAUUCGAAGGAUCUUACAAAACUGUCACCUUCAGAACUUGUACAUGCUCUUCAAGCUCAAGAGCAAAGAGAUCCUUGA